GGUGAUCAAUAAAGGUCACGUGGCGUGUGCUGAGUCCGCGAGCGAGUCGAGUGCAAGGCCAAGGGCGAAGCCAGCUGAAGAGAAAAACUGCAGCUAAAAUUCAUCAGUUUGAACGAAGAUGGCUGGACUUGUGAGGAGGAUCAUCAAUACGCCGAAAGCCCCUAAGGCGAUCGGUCCUUAUAACCAGGCUAUUGCUGUUGGUAACACUUUGUACCUGUCUGGCCAGAUAGGCAUUGACCCAACCACUUCCAAGUUACUAAACGGCAUAGAAGCACAGACAACACAGACACUGAAGAACAUUGGGGCUAUACUGGAAACACAGAACAUCGACUACAGUAAUGUUGUGAAGACGACAGUUUUGCUGGCUGAUAUUGCUGACUAUGGUGUGGUCAAUCAAAUAUACGAGAAGUUUUUCACAUCUAACUAUCCUGCGCGAGCUGCAUAUCAAGCUGCUGCUCUCCCUGCUGGAGCCUUGGUGGAGAUAGAGAGUAUCGCCAUUCUUGGAGAACUUGUCAAUGAAACAUUGCCCAAAGCGUAGUGUUGACCUAUGACCUGGGUCGCAGUAUUCACUGAGAGUUCAGCAGCUUAGCAAAUUGUUGGAACAUUAAAACGUGAUUUUAAUGGGAACAAUAUAGUAUGAUUUCAUUCCUUCUGAAAUCCCUAAAUAUAGACAUUUUGUGAUAAACAUGAUUUUUAUGAUAUUUUUCAUCUUAUUUUAGAUUUAAACUUUAAAAAAGACUUUAUUUGGUUAAGGCUUAGGUCACCCAUCCAUCGUUCCUGUCGGUACUUGUGCAAGCAGUCUGGAGACAGGAUUCUGAAUAAAAGUGGCCAAAUAUGGUUCAUUGCUACCCAUUGAAAAGUGACUUGCCAAAUGGAAUUGUGCUAAAUAUCAAAGUUUAUGUGGAGUGGUCAAGGGGGCUUAAUUUGUGGAAGAGUGGGAUUUGGAUUUGAUUUAGGGUGCCUAUUGUGUGAUAUACGAACUUUCUAUCUAGGAAAAAAGGACAGAUUGAUUGAUCUUCACUGUAAUUUUUGUUAGUGUUUAGUUUUUGUUUGGGGUUUUUAUUCCUUUUUGUUUCUUUGAAUAUUGCCACCUGUAAUGUAAAUGAUACCUGAAAUGAUGUGUUGGAGUAAGACUCUAUUCUCAUCUUGUUAUGAAGCACUUGAUCAUUAUGAUUCUUACUUUGAACAGAGAUCAAAUAUAUACCUCAUGCUGUAAGUACAGUUAAAGUAAUCAUUACUUUUACUGAAGUCCAGGUAACAGUGAAUGAUAUUGCUGUGACCCUUAUCAUUUUAGAAGUGUGAUUGCAAUAAAAGAAGUGUGAAUUCAAACCAA